AGGCGGCAGCCCAGUCCAGCACAGGAGGCGAGUCUCACUGCCGACCACCACUGCACUGGCUGCCGCGGCGCCCGACGUGUCUGGUGAGUCUCCACGUACUCCUUCCAUCAACGUAAGGUUGUUCAGCAGACUGCAAGUUUGGUGAAGUUAUUUUGAGAGAAAAGUUCCUUACUUGGAUCGACACCUUCGUCCUUCCACCAUGUUCCGCAGAAGCUUUAGUUGGUUCAUCCGCAUUUUUGUGGCGCUGGUCAUAUUUACUGGCUACUGUCACCCAGUUCCUGUUACAGAAUCCUAUACCGGAGUCACCUUGCCUACUUUAACAACCGACAACUCAGCCACUCCCACCUUUCCCUUGGGAAACUGUGUUCCAGAGUCCCUCACAGUGGGACGAGUUCAGGAGGCUGAGGAGGCCACGGCCGUGGAUCUGGGUGCCCUGCUGGACGCCGGGGACGGCGCUGUGGUGACUCUGCUGGCCGGGGACACGCGGCUUGUGGCUCACAGGGCUGUCUUGGCCGCCAGGAGUCCCGUGUUUGCAGACAUGUUCCGUCGCGUCACUGUAGAGGGCAGCAGCAGCGAGCUCAUACUCUCAGACACAGAGGGUCCUGUGCUGCGCCAGGUGCUGGCAUACCUGUACACCCUGCAGGUGCCCCAGCUGCCCAGCAUGGCCCCACAGCUGCUGGUCGCCGCCGACGUAUACGACCUGUCGGUACUGAAAGCGCACUGUGAGCAACAGGUGGUCGCCCAGCUGUCUGUCGAGACUGCGGCAGCUGCAGGUGUUAUCGCGAUUAGGCAUUCUGCCAACAGGCUGAAGCAGGCCGCCGUCGCCUUCAUAAAGGCCCACAUGCUCCGUGUGAUGGCGACGCAGGGCUGGGCUGAGGCUGUAGUCAACGACCCACAAACUGUUGUGGAGUUGACUCACCUGAUUGCAGAGACACCGACAGACACCAGCACGCCAAGCGCUGGAGAGAGCAGGACCGGCCCCUCCUCGCAGCCGCACAGUGGCCACAGCGACGACGGCCGGAGGCCAGCCACAGCUGUGCCCCCCACCUCUCCCCAGGCCACUCCACAGCCUGAUGAUGUCGCCGUCUCUCUCCUGCGAAUUCCAGCCACUGGAGACAGCGAGGUCACCCAGACCAGUCGGCUGCACAUGGGCCACAAAAACUGCAGCAGGGCUCCUGUUCCAGCUGCAAAGCACACAGCUACCUGCCCCACUACCACAUUUGACGAUGCUUCCGUCUCUUACCUGCGGAUCCUCUCUGCAGCGGAGAAAGGCAGGAGGCUGAUCAAGGCAGCUAGCGAUGGGACAGUCCAAGAGCUGCAGAUGCUGCUGGCAGCUGGGGCUGAUGUGGGUGUGACGGAUGGGAACAAGAAUACUGCGCUGCACUUUGCAGCCUGGGAGGGUCACGUGGAAGCGGCGAGCUGUCUGGUGGGGGCUGGCGCGGAGGUGGACGCCGGGAACUGGGUCCAGAACACGCCGCUCCACUGGGCUGCAUGGGGCGGCCGGCCGGCCAUGGUGCGGCUGCUGGCGGCGUCCUCUGCAGACCCCAAUGCCAGGAAUGUGGACGGGGACACGCCGCUGCACUUUGCGGCAGAGCACGGCCGCACGGAGGAGGCGACUGCACUACUCGAUGCAGGGGCUGACAGCGGGGCCAGGAAUCACAAGGGGAAAGCCCAGUGGACCGCGCCAGGCAGUUCAACUACCAAUACUGGAUAGACAGGAUAACACGAGACUAGCAGUACAAUACACACCUCUGAAGUAAAAACAACGCUAGUCUACUAAAAUCACAACAGUAGCGACAAUGUGAGAUUCAUAUAAACUAAUGUGUGUAGCAAGAAGCGAGUUUCCUUCCAUGAAAAUUCAACAGUAAUCGAGACGUAUAUCAUCAAUAAUAAACAUAUUUUUAACUAAAUUCAUUACUGUAAAGUAAUUGGUAAGAAUAUGCUAUUACAAAUAACACCGCCUCCAGUGUGGCAGUAAGGCGCUGUACUGUUGCGGUAAGUUGUUGGACCACAGUAACAAUAACUCUUUAACUUAAGAGGCCGGCCGCUGUGGCCGAGCGGUUCUAGGCGGUUCAGUCAGGAACCGCGUGACUGCUCCGGUCGCAGGUUCGAAUCCUGCCUCGGGCAUUGAUGUGUGUGAUGUCUGUAGGUUAGUUAGGUUUAGGUAGUUCUACGUUCUAGGGGACUGAUGACCUCAGGUGUUAAGUCCCAUAGUGCUCAGAGCCAUUUUUUUUAAAUCAAGAACAAUUCAUUUAUUGAGCCAACUGUGCAGUUUGUAAACACCCAGUGCAGGUCGGCCAAGUAUGACUUUAAGUAAACAGUUAUGAUGGAAGUCCAAAGAGAGUCGGCUGAACAGAAAAAGAGCACGUUGUAUUGAGCAGGAACAUCAGUCAUCCCCAAGGAAACCCCAAAGGCUUAUUUUGUGUCUCGGAAUACUGUAAUACAGUAUCACAGUAGCUGUGAAAAAAAUAGCAAUGAUUACUCAAAACAAACCAUUCCUCCUACAAUACCAUAAAGGUAUUACAGCACUUGGCUCAAAAUGGCUCUGAGCACUAUGGGAUGCAACUGCUGUGGUCAUAAGUCCCCUAGAACUUAGAACUAAGGAAACCUAACUAACCUAAGGACAGCACACAACACCCAGCCAUCACGAGGCAGAGAAAAUCCCUGACCCCGCCGGGAAUCGAACCCGGGAACCCGGGCGUGGGAAGCGAGAACGCUACCGCACGACCACGAGAUGCGGGCAAUUACAGCAAUUCUUAAAAGCAUCAAGAAUUUUCUUAUUUUCCACGGACAAGCAUUUACAAGAGAAACACACACUCACUAAUUAUAUCCAUGUCUUGCGGAGAUGCAAAUGUGUUCACAAUGCAACAAUUUCCAAAAUUCAUGAUAAGGCAUACACCCACAGAAAUUUUCAUUGAAGGAGUCCACAUACAUGAAAAUAAAUCAUCUUUGGUAACACAA